AUGAUUAAGAUUGCCAUCUUCGUUAUUCUAAUAUGUAUGGCCAUUUCUUCGCUUCGAGGAUCUGAUUUGAAUGGAAAGUUUGGUUUUUAUUAUCGUCCCGUUAAUCACAUUACAUGGUCAUCAAAAUUAUGUGAAAAUCAAACUUUAGCUCAAUCAUAUUUAAAUAAUACUCGACAACUUAUAACUACUUUUGAAACAAAUGGUUCCUAUACUCAAGUUCUUCAAAAACGUGCUCAAGCAAUAGCUUAUUUCAAAAAUAAUAAUAAUACAGUUCUUCUUUCAUCGAAUUGCAGUCAAUUUUUCAUUGGUCUUAAAAAUGCUCGAAAACUUGAUGCACAAGCUUUAUUACAACAAAGAAUAUAUGAAGAAAAUGCUGCUCGUCUUUACAAACGAAUUCUUCAAUCACUUCUUGGUUUUCGUUUUUUUAUAUAUGAUGAUUUCUAA